AUGCUGACACAGUUUGUGAUGAUUUGUUACCGGAAACGUUCUGCAGCCACCGUCACAUGAUCUCGCAUAUUUAAGGAGGGGUUACAGGAGUGCUGCGUCACCAUUAUUUUGGCCAAUCGGCGGGCUCCGUGUAUCAGAGUGCGCGCUGACGUCGGCACUACGUUUACAGGUCAGGGGUUGUCAGACAAUGGCGGCGGGCAUAGACACCUGCCGGCGGAGCUGAUGUAGAUCGGUGUAACCGCUCCUGCUCCGACUGUUUUGCCCACAUUAGACACGACUUCACCGGGAAGAAGCAGCGGUGUUGAUGGCGCUGCUAUACGGCUUGUUAUGGCGGCUCCUGCUGGCUUUGGUCCGCGUUAAGAGAGCGGUGGUCUCUUGGCUCCGGGUCCGUCUCCGGAGCUGGAGGGGCCGGGUGUGGGAGCGGGCAGUGGCCCUGCUGCUGCUGCCGGUCGCCGUGUCGGGGUUCCCGGACUACCAGAAGAAGUUAAAUCCCCCCAUGGACGCUGAUGAGAACCCGUUGAAGCGCAAUGACGGUCGCCGCUCACGGUGGCUGUCUGACGGGAAGUCUCUGGAGAAGCUGCCGGUCCACAUCAGCCUGUUGGUGGCGGAGGAGGAUCCAAGUUAUACGGACAUAGCGAACCUGAUGGUGUGGUGUAUGGCCCUUGGGGUGUCCUAUGUCAGUGUGUACGACCACUACGGUAUGUUUCAGAAGAACAGCUCCCGUCUCCAGGAGGAGAUACUGAGACAACAGCAGAACCUGUUUGGUCCAGACGGGUCCAAAUACAACGUAGAGUUACUGAGCAACGGCAGAGAGGAUCAGCAGCACUACAUUGUGUCCAGCAGGUCUACAGUGAAGGUGCUGUCCCCAGAGGACGGGAAGCAGAGCAUUGUCCAGGCAGCCAGAAAGCUCUGCCACUCUGUGGAGAGCAAGCAGAGGAGCUCCAGAGACAUCAGUGUGUCCAUGCUGGACAUCCUCCUCAGAGAGUCAAAGAAUAUUCCAGACCCAGAGCUGGUGGUGAAGUUCGGUCCGGUCAACAGCACCUUGGGUUUCCUGCCGUGGCACAUCAGACUCACGGAGUUUAUCACCCUACCGUCCCACAGAGACGUCUCCUACGAGGACCUGCUGAGUGCCCUGCAGCGAUACAGCGCCUGUCAGCAGCGCCUCGGACAGUGACGUCCAGCUCGGGUCACCAGCCUCGGGGGAAAGACAGGCGGCAUUCAGUCCGGAGAGCCUGGACAGAUGUUGUCUCACUGUGUCCCUCAGAGCUACCCCUCCCCAACUCUGUCUCCUGGACAACACUUGGACAGCUCAGAGACGUAGGAAUGAUGGCGGCUCAGUGCCCGCAGCCACAAUGCAGUACUUGUGGAACCCAGAAAAAAACAGUUGAGAGGAACGUCUGUCUUUUUGUUCACUCUCAGCAGAACAAAGAAGCAAUGUGUCCGUCCUCAUGAGACGUCCUGGGAACAGACGACGAGUGUAGCUUCGGGACGAGUUUUAAUGAUGUGUAAAUAUGUGAUGUUUGUCCCUGUUUCCUCCAGCUGCCACUCGUGUUCUUGUGGUGUUUCAUUUUUCCGUUUACUGCUAGGUGUGAAAUAAAGACAUGCACCGUUUCC